AUGUCCCUCGCUCUCCUCACCCUUUUCCGAUACCCAAACCUCCUCCCACUCCCCCUUGCCCCUACCAUUCCCCUCCCCUCUCCCAUUCUCCCCCUCUCCCUCCCUCUCCCAUCGUUUCUUGUGCUGGGGGCGUUUCAUCUUCGGCCCGGACGUACGGUCGCCGGUCAUCUCCUUCGUCCUCACUCCCACUCCUCUUCGCCCCUGCCAUUCUCCUCCCCUCUCCCAUCCCUCUCCCCCCUCGGGCCUACUCCCUUACGCCCCCCUCCCCCGUCUUUCUAUCGCCCCCACACCAUUCAUUCCCCACCCCUCGCCUUCUCCACCCUCCCCAGCGUUUCUUGUGCUGGGGGCAAUCUCUUCAUUCUGCUCGUCACAGCGAGCAGGGACCCUGGCAUCGUGCCUCGCAAUCUCGUGCCACCACAGCCAGAUGAGGAGGCAGGGGAGCAGGCAGCGGGAGGGGCGCCGAAGAAGCUGCCACGAGCCAAGGAGGUGGUGGUGAACGGGCACACGGUCAAAGUGAAAUACUGCGACACCUGCCUGCUGUACCGGCCGCCCAGAUGCUCGCACUGCAGCAUAUGCGACAACUGCAUCGAGAAAUUCGACCACCACUGCCCGUGGGUGGGGCAAUGCAUUGGACGGCGCAACUACCCCUUCUUCUUUCUCUUUGUCACCACCACAACCCUCCUCUGCAUCUUCGUCUUCACCCUCUCAGCCUUCUACAUCAAGCUCCUCGUGGACAACUCCUACCCGGGCGCCAGCGGGCAGAGCAUCUCGCUGCUAGAGGCGCUGGGGAAGGGGUACAUGGCGGCGGUGCUGAUGGUCUACACGUUCAUCAUGGUGUGGUUCGUGGGAGGACUCACCGGCUUUCACUCCUUCCUCAUCUCGCGCAACCAGCUGGGGAAGGAGUACCUGGCAGCGGUGCUGAUGGUAUACACGUUCAUCAUGCUGGGGAAGGGGUACCUGGCAGCGGUGCUGAUGGUAUACACGUUCAUCAUGGUGUGGUUCGUUGGAGGACUCACCGGCUUUCACUCCUUUCUCAUCUCGCGCAACCAGGUGUGUGUGUGGCAAGAGUGGGUUGCUCUCCCCCCCCCUAAGGGGUUAACAGCUGGGGAAGGGGUACCUGGCAGCGGUGCUGAUGGUAUACACGUUCAUCAUGGUGUGGUUCAUUGGAGGACUCACCGGCUUUCACUCCUUUCUCACCUCGCGCAACCAGGUGUGUGUGUGGCAAGAGUGGGUUGCUCUCCCCCCCCUAAGGGGUUAACAGCUGGGGAAGGGGUACCUGGCAGCGGUGCUGAUGGUAUACACGUUCAUCAUGGUGUGGUUCGUUGGAGGACUCACCGGCUUUCACUCCUUCCUCAUCUCGCGCAACCAGGUGUGUGUGUGGCAAGAGUGGGUUGCUCUCCCCCCCCUAAGGGGUUAACUGCUGGGGAAGGGGUACAUGGCAGCGGUGCUGAUGGUAUACACGUUCAUCAUGGUGUGGUUCGUGGGAGGGUUGACUGGCUUCCACUCCUUCCUCAUCUCGCGCAACCAGGUGGGUACAGGGUGCACUGGAGUUUACUAGCUCUCUUCAGCACCUGCUCGUGCCUCCCUGCUGGCCGUGCUGGGGAAGGGGUACCUGGCAGCGGUGCUGAUGGUAUACACGUUCAUCAUGGUGUGGUUCGUUCGUUGGAGGGUUAA